CUCUGAGUUUGGUUACCCUGAUUGUUGACCAACACUCUCCAAGAACAACAGGAAGGCUUUUAGACCUCAGACCUCAACUUCGUGUUUUGGGUUCCGUCAAAGGCCACCAAUCUUAGCAGAUCUUUUGAAAUCAGGGAGUACUAUACCACUCCGUUCGUCUAGAAGUAUGGCCUUGUUAGUUCAGCUCAUGGACAGGCUCCAAUCCUCGGAGAAAUCCUUGAACUUGCUCCACUUGGUGGUCCAAAAUUGGAUCGUUUUUCAGAGAGACACUUUUGACGUGUUCGACGAUUAUGGAGAUCCAUUUACAACGCAGACUUUUCUAAUCGAGGUAUCCACAGGCGAGUAUAUUCACCGAGCUCAAGGCAGUAAAGUCGAUUGUGGGGCCACAUUAGACCCAGAAAUUCUGUAUUCUAAAUUAUCUGAAGCCUUCCUGGACUACAAAGUGUGCCAUGGUUUUCCGCUUAAGGCAAAGAGUGGACAGGGCACUGAUAUGUUUAUCCAGGAGUUUCCAUACCGACGGAGAAUAGCCAAGAAAUGUCGGUAUUUGUUCAAACCUGAUGCUCCACACAUCAAAAGUGAAGAAAGUGACUUAGAGUUAAGAUGGAUUUGUUCUGUUUGUCAAGCAUCGGGUAAUCACCGUGACGAGAUGAUUGAUAUUCCGGAUUCGGAUUGUUUGAUGGAGAAUCCGGUGAAACUGGAAGCAGUUUUAGACGAAGACACGGAACUUUUCCCAACUCAAGACGACGAAUGUUCUGCAGAGCCUGAAGCUGACUUUGAGUUUGACUUUGAGUAUGAUGAAGAUGAUGAUGAUGAAAAAGACAACAUUUCUCCGGGCACUCGACUAGCGAGGAAAAGAAAGUCCCUCCAAGCUCAUACAGAAGAAACGAUUGAGGAUAAGCCUGCCAGGAAGACUUACUCGUGUAAUCAUUGUUCAGAGACUUUUUUCACCGGGGAUGCUUAUCAUCGUCAUCAACGAAAAAAGCGAAAAGUGGGCUGUAAGGAGUGUAACAAAGACAUAGUCACGUUUAAACAGCUCAUUGAACAUGCAUCCAAGGCUCAUCCAGAUGAUGCCGAACGGUAUAUCAAGUAUGGGCAAAAUCCGGUGGAACUCCAAUCGGUGAAAGUGCCCAAGAAAUGUUCAUUGUGUGAUAUGAUUUUCAAUGGUAAUUUGUUACUCUAUCGCCAUAGAGACGUCUUUCAUGAACUAGGCGACUACAAAUGCGCAACAUGUCAAGUACCGUGUUUGACUUACUAUGACCUGGUGAUUCAUAACUAUCAAAAGCACGACCAAGCUCUGGAGCACCCUCAACCUCAAACAUUUGGGUUGGAGGCAGUGUCCUUGCCGGAUGGAAAAGUCGAGUACAAGCGCACAAGUUUCGCUUGCCAACAUUGCAGUGCCACCUACACGAAUGAUAGCGCUUGGACCAUGCAUAUGAGAGCCAACCAUUCAUGGGAUCUCUUUGAGUGUAAGGCCUGUGAUGAGGCGUGUCACUAUGCGGCUGAUUUUUCGGCACACAUGGUGCAUUUCCAUCCUGACAAGCCCGAAAUCAAGUGUCCCACACAAGGGUGUGCGUACGUCUCGGAUCUUAGCCAAGAUCCGGAUCAUUUCAACACGCAUUAUAAGGAGUGUCGUACGCCGAGGAAUAAUUAUAAAAACUUUCCGGAGAAGAAUUUGUUUCAGUGUGAUACUUGUGGGAAAAAGUAUUUCUCGAAGACUUCGUUUGAAUGCCAUAUCAAGCAGCAUCAGGGUAUUGAACGUUACAAGUGCAGCCAUUGUGAUUACGGAACUAAUACCAAGACGGUAUUGAUCGACCAUGAGAAAUCCCAUCUUCGGGAUAAAGGUCUGACCAAUGCCGACACGAAUCUUGUUCUCUAUCACCGAUGCGAUCAAUGUGGGAAAGAAUUUUCACAGAAGCAGUCACUGCGCGACCACAUCAAAAGCAUUCAUUUGGGUAUCAAGAAACUUCGAGAGUGUAAAGAUUGCGGGCAAAUCUUUAAAUCCCAAUCGGUGUUGUACAUUCAUAAGCGAAAAAUGCAUGGAUUUGUCAAUACUCAACCGCUGAAUCGAGGUGGAAGAAAGAAGAAGAAGAUCGAGCCAGAACAGAAAUAAUGAAACCAGCAUUUACAUUUUGUUAACCGCCCUUCUCUUUCUUGUGAUUUCCUUUGCGUGCAUAUGGGGUUGACUCGAAAAUAUCUUUUUCGUACGGAAUUGAAGACUUGAUUUGAUGUAUUGCUCGGCAUCCCUGUCCAACGUUUGCGUAGUUACAAUAUCCUUGGGAAAUAAAGACUUAACGAACCUAGAAAAGAUAUGGAAAA